UUUUGUAGAUAUCUAUGUACCGAAAUAAACACCACUGUACCGACCGUAGAUAAGGCUGCGUGAGUUCCCUGAGACUCUAUAUAAAAAGUGAAGGUAGUACACGUUCAAAGUCAGACACAGCAUCAUGGGUUCGGCAGGACUGUACAGCUUGGUGUUGGUGUUGCUAUGGGCGGGCGGCGGGCGCGCGGGCGUCGGCUACGAGAACCCCGCGUGCGACGGGAAGACGGUCAUCGUGCACCUGUUCGAGUGGAAGUGGACCGACGUCGCCCUCGAGUGCGAGAGGUUCCUCGCCCACGCCGGCUACUGUGGCGUCCAGGUGUCUCCCCCGAACGAGCACCUGACGAACCCGCCCGAGUACCCGUACCCGUGGUGGCAGCGCUACCAACCCGUCUCGUACAAGCUCGUCUCGCGCUCCGGCUCCGAGGAGGAGUUCGUCGACAUGGUGCGCAGGUGCAACGCCGUCGGAGUCAGGAUCUUCGUCGACGCCGUGGUGAACCACAUGGCCGCCCUGGGACGCAAGGGGACGGGCUCCGGGGGCACGCCCUUCGACGGGGACGCCCACGACUUCCCCGGCGUCCCUUACACCGCCGAGCACUUCACGCCCAAGGAGCUGUGCCCCUCGGGUGACGGCAACGUGAACAACUACGGCGACCCCAACAACGUCCGCAACUGCAACCUCGUGGCCCUGACCGACCUGUACGGCGCCACGGACUACGUGAGGAAGGCAGUGGCCGGCUACUUCAGCAAGCUAGUGGACAUCGGGGUGGCCGGCUUCAGGGUGGAUGCGGCGAAGCACAUGUGGCCCGAGGACCUGGCAGCCAUGAUGGACCUGACCAACGACCUGAACACUGCCCAGGGCUUCCCCCCCAGCACCCGCCCCUUCUUCUACCUGGAGGUCAUCGAUCGCAACGACGGGGCGGUCACCGUGCAGGAGUACUAUGGCAUGGGUCGCGUGACGGAAUUCCGGUACAGCCAGAAGAUCGCGUGGGGCGUGCAGAACCCAGGGCAGCUCGAGGGCGUCUAUGACCCGGGCUGGGGCAUGGCUGACCCCGACAAGGCCUUCGUGUUCGUCGACAACCACGACAACCAGAGGGGGCACGGCGGGGCAGGCGACACCCUGACCCACAAAUUCCCGAAGGACUACCGCCUGGGCGUCGCCUUCACCCUCGCGCAGCCCUACGGGUUCGCGAGAGUCAUGUCCUCCUACGCCUUCGGGGACGACAGCGACGCGGGGCCUCCUCACCUGAGCGAUUACAGCACCGCCAACGUGGUCAUUAACAGUGACAACCAGUGCGAUGGCGGCUGGGUGUGUGAGCAUCGAUGGGCUUCCAUCUAUAAAAUGGUCAGGUUCAGCAACGCCGUGAAGGACACCGCGUGGUGGGAGAACUAUUACUGCGAUGGCAACGUGGUGGCAUUUUCCCGCGGAGACAAAGGCUUCUUCGCCAUGGUCAAGUACGGUACAGUGUCGCAGACCUUCCAGACAGGCAUGCCGGCAGGUACGUACCAAGACGUCGUGUCAUGUCAAGAUGUGACGGUGAACGGCGACGGGUCAGUACACAUCUCCAUCACUAACGAAGAGGAACCAGUCUUCGCCAUCUGUGUCGGAUGCGAUUGCUCUGAGCCGCCUGUCGUCACCGCCACGCCUGGCCCUGACCAGACGACCACCACGACCACCACGACCCAGGGCCCCACCGAGCCCAGCAUCACCGAAGGCAUUCACCGCACGGUCGUCUUCAUCCAGAAGCAGACCAACGACGGCCAAGAUCUCUUCGUCAGGGGGGGCAUCGACGCGGGGCAGAGGCCAGGCUGCACGAACGACGUGAGCACCGACCCGUGUGCCAUCGACAUCGCCCCCUCCUCCCUCGGCGCCUCCAGCCACUACAACAAGUACAACGCAUGGCGCCAGGGGGACAACCGCCUCGACUGGAUGGGCGCCGAGCAGGGCCAAGGCAGCUACAACGGGCAAGCGGCCUCUGGAACGCCCCUGGCAUGGACCUCCAGCAACCCGGGCAGUCCAGGCUACCAGGAGCUCAAUACCUUCGGAGACCACUACUGGAUGGUUGACAUGGACAUGGAUUGCUCGCAGACCGAAGAGGGAUGGUUUGAGCUCAAGGCCUUCCUCACCAAUGCAGGAAACGGGUGGGAGGCGGAUAUCAGCCAGAUCGGCUCCUGCUCUGGAACGGCUGGCGGUUCGGCGCCCUACGCAUCCAAAAACCAUCUAGGGCGCUGCGGCUUCGUCAACGUCUUUACCUUCGACUCCUCGGAUUGCACCGUCAAUAGUUUCCCUGACUACUACUAGAUGGCGGGGCAUUUCCGACACCAGUAGUUUUCCUGACGUCUACUAGAUGGCGGGGCGACACCAGUAGUUUCCCUGACGUCUACUAGAUGGCGGCCUGUGUUUUAAAGCCUUAUUGGAGUAAAACUGAACCUUGCUGAUAA